GAUAUGGGAAGCGUCUGUACUAAAGUACCCUACACUAGGUAGUAGCACGUGACUAGAACUCCCUAAUCAAGCUCGGGGACAGGCCUCUAUCCCUACCUGACACUCACUCAUAGCGACCUCUACUCAUAGAGCUAGGUAGAUCAAUCAACUUAGGUAUCGCGUUUUGAGCCCAUCGUAUCUGAGGCCUAUUAAUGUAUAACCGUGCAGCGAAAUCGAGGCGAUGGAGGUACAUCAUACUUACACGCAACUGGAGUGGAGAUCGCAAGUGCCUUUGUGACAUCGAACCCGAUUCCGAGUGAUAGCGGUGCCGACUAAACUGAAGCCAAAAAGGAAAGGAAAAAAAAAAUUUUUUUAUCCACUCCAUUCGUCUAUCUAGGUAUGAGUAUACGCCCUUGAGGCAUACUGAGGGCUCUCAAUUACACCCACAACACCGCAACAAAUCCGGACAGAUUUGUGCGAUUCAUCAUAGCCGUCCAUGGGCCCCAAGGUUAAACUAGCGCUCACGCCGCUAUCGUCGCUGGUCGUGAAUCGUUAUUUCAUCCCCGCGCAUAAUCUCUUCCCCAACACCAGCAUCCAGAACAAGCCUCUCCUACACUACCGACAUGUAUUCCCCCGCGACACCUCCUCCUCGAAGAUGGAGUCGCACCUCAAGGCGAUCCGCGCCGUCUUUCCUAAAUCGCGCUGGACUAUGCUCCCCCGCACAUUCUUCCACGCCACCAGCCACAAAGUCCUGUGCGUCUCCAACGGGAGGGCCCGCCUCCUCUUCGGUGGCGACGACAACCCAGGGGGGGUCAAGGUGACCGCCGUCAAGGGCGACGUCCUCAUAGUGCCCGCCGGUGUCGCCCAGCGGAUGGACAAGGACCUCGAUGCUGGAUUCCUGAUGGUGAUAGCUUUCUCUCGAGGCUACAAGGACGAGAAGUGCUACGGCGUCGAGGGCGAGGAGGAAAAGGUGCGGGGCAUCGAAAACGUGCCGUGGUUCAAGAAAGAUCCCAUUUACGGAGCGGAAGGCCCUGCGCUUGAGGUCUGACCGCUGACUAGUCAUAUGUAAUGUCUUUCCGGCACAAAGAAACGCUACGUCAGAGUCGGUCAGUUGAUGGGAG